AUGAAGGGUGAUGCUAAGACGCUGUUUGAAAGGUUUUGCCUGGAGAGUAGCCUUCUUGGGGUCAAAUAUUUCUACCUUUAUAAUGAUCGGUUUUCUAGGUGUUUCUGGCUUCUUACAAUUUUGGCUCUGUUCUCACUGUCUUGCUGGAUAUCUGUUCUGCUGUACAGUCGUUUUGAGGAGAUGCCCACGCGCAUCACUAUCGAGAACCAAUAUGAGCCGAUACUAAACAAGAGUUUUCCAGCCGUCACCAUCUGCUCGCCCAAUCAAAUAACUGAGAGCAGCACUCGACACUUGAAGAGAACUUUUGCAUUAGAAGUGUUGGGCUUAAUACCACAGGCAUGUGGGGAUUUCCUCAAAGUGUGUUUCUGGCUAGGCAAAGCGUUUGAUUGCGACGAGCUGUUCAAGCCCAUUCUAACCCAGCACGGCAUGUGCUGCAGCUUCAACAGCGCCUACCACUUCAAUGGAAAAAGAAACGAAAAGAUCUCAAACAUGGAGCCGGAAAGGAUCACAACGACUGGUUUCAUGAACGCUCUGAGCAUUGUCACUGAUUACGAUCCGGAAAACGCGCUAGACAAAACCAUCACCAACUACGGAGCAUCAAGGCUGAUAUUUUCUGAUUGGAGAGAGUUUCCUUCGGACGACGAAUCGUAUUUCGUAGUCCCGUACGUAGAGUCCUUCCACUUCAUACAUCUGACGCACACCUACUGCUCUGACGAUGUCGCCUCUCUGCCGGCUACAAGUCGGCGGUGCUUCUUCGACGACGAGUACAGCCUACCGUACUUCCACCGCUUCUACAACUCCGACUGCGACCUGGCGUGCGACGUGCGCGAGGUGGAGCGCAGCUGCCGGUGCACCAUGGUGUUCGUGCCCAACGUGCGCCCGCGCAACGCCUGCAACGUCACCAGCGUUGGGUGCAUCAUGAAGUCUAAACUGGAGAUGAACAAGUGGUACGAGAAGGACGCGUGCGUAUGCCCUCGCAACUGCAUCUCGUACUCCUACCGCGUGGAAAUGCUCUCCGGCAACCUGGACGCGCUGCCCUACCUCGCCUCCAACCCUUACAAAGGCAUCGUAUUCAACCAGAGCACGUCGCUGAUGCACUUCAUCAUCCCCUCGCCCGUGUUCGUCAAGCAGAAGCAGGAGACCGUCAUGUCCAUCAUCACCAUGUCAUCUAACCUCGGUGGGAUUUUCGGUCUUUGCUUGGGAUUCAGUGUAAUCAGUGUGCUGGAAAUACUCUUCUUUAUAUAUUUAGCAAUAAAGAACAAAAUUCUCAGCUAUAUACAACAGAAAAAACAUAGGAAGGUAAUGUUCUUAAAAUAAACUCUAUCGUUUCAAGAUUUUUAGUAGCAGUUGGAACCUUAUCACC